UUCAGUUUGGUUUAAAGAUGAAGACCUGUGGCUUUUAUUUUCUCAUAUGUCUUCCUGUGUUGAGGUCCUCAGCCCAGUAUGGAGGAAAUAUAAUGGUGACAUUGACACUGAACACUACGAUGACACCUGUGUACGUUGGAGACACAGUGACAAUGGUGUGCAGAGUUGAGGGUGACAUCACUGACUCGAUAUUUUUUUUUAUCAAAUUUGUUAACGAAGUCAAUUAUUCAAUUGAAAAGUCCGGUGAUUGCACUUACACCAUUGAGUCUGUGAGUGCAUCUGACAGUGGACUAUACAUCUGCAGAGCCCGCAAUGCUGGUCUUCUUCAACCCUUAGCACCCAGCAAUCCUGUUACACUGUUUGUUCAAGAGCUCUUCACCAUGCCCACUCUGACAGUCCACCCCAGUACCACAUUAUGGGAGGGAGACAAUAUGACCCUGAUGUGUUGGUCUGCUUGUCGAGUGCAGGGGACACAACUAAGAUACAAAUUCUACAGAGACGAGGAAUCUGUAAGUCAAGGAGCUUCAAAGUCGGAGCUCAGAAUUCCAUCAGCUGGACAUGAGACGUCCGGCAGUUACUGGUGUGAGGUGGAGGCAAAAGGGAAGAAGACUAAGAAGAAAACAAGUGAGCAAGUGCAGGUGAUCGUGAGAGAAAACCCAAAGGCUACACUGACACUGACGAGUCAGACAGAAGAUGUGUAUUUUGGAGACAACGUGACCAUGGACUGCAGCAUUGAAGGCAGCUUUACUGGCUGGAGGUAUCAGUGGUACAGAGGGAAUGAGAAAAACUGGGGGAGUCAAAUUAAAGAUGUCACUGGAUGCACUUACACCCUCCAGUUGGUGACUCAGUCUGACAGUGGAGUGUACUGGUGUGAUGCCCACAGAGAUGAUCUUCCUUGUCACUCACAGCGCAGUAAUGCUGUCACUCUGAGUGUUAAAGUCUCCCAGGAUUCUUCUCAUUUGAUAGUUUCAUUCAUUAUCAGAGCCAGUCUGUUUCUUUUGAUGCUUCUGCCGGUACUUGUUGUAUAUCAGAUAGCUGAAGGGUUUCCAUGCUUUGACUGUAAGAAGGCCAGGAAAAAACAGCAGGGAAUGUAUGUGAAUGUCCCCGGCAAUGGCACUUUCCAGAUGGAAGCAAUCAAUGAAGAAGAGGUUCGUACAACAUCUAACGAUCAUGUUCACUAUAACAAUAUCUGAAAAUGAACAGUAAAUAAGCAGGGUUUUCCUUCCGUCUGUGCCACGACUUCCAGGGUUGGUUCUCUUCUUUUCACCAUUCUUGGUGUUGUAGACUCAGACUUACUGUGGAUCCAGUGAUGGACAUGGAAGACUUAAAAGAUUAAUUAAUGCAUUCUUUGCUUGCU